AUGCCCACAAAGUUCAGUUCGGAAACAUCUGUUAGGGUGUCCGAAGUUCAAAGGGUACGAGAAGUUUACAAAUAUCUUCCCCCCUUUGCAGCACCCCUUAUCUCCCCGCUCAAACAAGAUGAUAAAAAUGCAGAAAGGUCGAAAUCCUACCCCAAGGCCUUUUCGUCAUCGGAUAGAGCACUCAAUGCCUUCGCGCAACUUGGUGCUCUGCGAUUAAGCGCAAGGCGGGCUAUGAUCUCCCUCGUUGAUCGUACGCAUGAAUAUAUAUUGGCAGAGUCGACAAAGACAUUAUCAUCACAGAAUGAUGAUGUGCACGAUGAUGGAGAUUCCCUAUGGCUAGGCUUACGAACUAUACCUCGCGAAGACUCACUAUGUGCUGCUGUUAUAAAUACACCGCGAUCAGAGAGCCAGCGUGACGACACUGAAUUUCGACCUAAAGUAAUACCAAAAGUUAUAAACGAUCUGUCCAACGAAACCUUGCGUUACGACCCCAAUAUUAUUGGAUGCCCGAAACUCCGGUUCGUGGCUACUGUUCCCAUACGAUCUCGUCAAGGAUUUGACAUCGGCGCAUACAGUGUGUUUGAUGACACCCCUCGGAGCGGAUUGUUGCCAGAAGAACUGGAGUUCUUAACAGACAUAACUGAUACAGUGAUGGAGCACCUUGAGAACAUUGCUGUAAAGAGAGAUCAUCAAAGAGGAGAGAAGAUGGUGAAAGGAUUGGGAUUGUUUGUAGAAGGUCAUUCUAGCAUUAAAUCUUGGUGGCUGCGCACUCGAAAUGAUCGCGAAACAUCCGUUCGGGGUCAAGAUUCAUAUGCUACAAGAAGCGUAGGAGGUCUGACAGCUCCUGAUGAAGAUACCAUCGAGAAUUUAGGGACUGCUGGCCCUGAAGCAAAUGCAUCAUCUGCUGAUCGAUUGGGAGAUAUGGAGGAGUCGAUAUCUCUACUUCCGACCUCAUCCUCACCUCCGAGUAAUCUUUGCAAUGAUCUGCCACUCAGGCCGAGAGGUGAAAAUGAAGAAUCGAAUGACCACUCCUCUGUUCAAGUGAGGGAUAUCUCACCCUGCUUCAAGGAACAACUCGAUCAACCAUCCACCCUUAAUUUGCCUAUUGAUUCUCCGCAAAUACCUUCUGACUCGCCAUUAGACUCGCCAUCAGACGAAACCCCCAGGAGUUCAUUAUCCAAAUCUCCUGAUCAAGCGCAUCUAUCCAUGCCGGCUGGAGCGACAACUAUCAACGAUAUCAAAACUCGUUCCCCUUCCGAAAAAGCCGAAGCUCUAAAAAGAAUGCUUUCCCGUGCGAGCAAUCUCAUACGUGAGUCGACAGAUGUGGAAGGCGUGAUUUUUUUUGAUGCUAAAGAAAGCUCUUUUGGGCAUCAAUCUUCUUUAAAUAACCGGGAGAGACCCGCUGGCUUACAUGACGCUGCACAAAUAUCCAGCAGCGAAGAUGUUUCAAGAACCUCUUCGCGGUACGAUACCUCGGAUAGUGUUAAUGGAAAAGAUUCUGACAGCAGGAGGUCAAAAAUGAAGGUACAGGCUUCACAAACACGCAUGUGUGAAGUACUAGCAUAUUCCACAGCCUCACGCUGUACAUUACGUGGUGAUACAAGCUUUCCAGAGCACCUCACUGUUAAAGAAAACUUUGUUCGCCGCCUUCUCAAGCGCCAUCCUCAUGGCAAAGUGUUUGCUUUCGACGAAGGGGGUCAUAUGUCGUCCAGUGAAGAUGAAAUGCUCGACGCUGUGCCGACCGGAGAAAUAUCAGUUGUUGCAGACACUUCCCAAAACUCGAUAGUUAAGAAAGCAUCUUCUAAGGUCAUGGAAGGUCGAACUAUGCUACAAAUAUUUCCCGGCGCCAGAUACGUUAUGAUUUUACCAUUAUGGGAUUCGCAUAAUGAGCGCUGGUUUGCUAGUACCAUGCUUUGGACUUCAGAUCCAACUCGGGUACUUAGUCUAGAUGACGAUUUAAAUUACGUGGCUGCUUUCGGAAAUAGUAUCAUGGCUGAAGUUUCUCGUCUAGAAAUAGUCGCAUCUGACCAAACGAAGACUGCUUUGAUAUCAUCAAUAAGUCAUGAACUGAGGAGUCCGCUACAAGGAAUUCAAGGAUCAAUCGAGCUUCUACAAGACACACAAAUCAACAACUAUCAAAGGAAUGCGUUGGAGACGAUUGGACAUUGUUCUACAACUUUACUUGAUACAUUAACUAAUGUACUUGACUAUGCAAAAAUCAAUAACUUCACCACAGUAAAAAAGACGGAACAAAGAGUGGUACGCAACUCGUCCAAGAUACGAAAAGCUGUUCCGGCGGAGAAGUUUCAGAUCUACGGAACAAUUAGCUUGACCUCAGAUCUUGAUAUUGCCUCUAUCACAGAGGAUGUCAUUAAUGGUAUAUAUGCUGGGCACGUUCAUCUUAUUCACUCGACUCCACAUGAUGCUUACACUGAUAUUGACUAUCUAAACUCACCUACCAAUUCUGAUUUUCAAGGAAUGAAGGAACCGGCGCCUUUAUCUGUAAUUCUUGAUGUAGACCACAAAUCCAACUGGACUUUUUUGACUCAACCUGGGGCUUGGAAGCGUAUUCUGAUGAACAUAUUUGGCAACGCACUAAAAUAUACCACAUCAGGAUUGAUCAAAGUCAGUCUUGGGUGUAAGACUGCUACAUCAAAAAAUUCAAGAGUCAAUCAAGCGUUGGUUACUUUGACGAUUAGUGAUACUGGUAGGGGGAUUGCGGAAGAUUUUCUGAAGCAUCAGAUAUACACUCCUUUUGCGCAGGAAGAUAGCCUGACACCCGGUGCUGGCUUGGGUCUUAGUAUCGUUCGUCAAAUUGUCGGAGCACUCGAUGGGAAAAUCGAUGUUUUUAGCAUCCAAGGUACUGGUACAGUUGUCAAGGUUGUUCUCAAACUAGACAAGUCCCAACCACAGUGUGGCGACGUACCUCGCAUGCCAAACAAUAUUGAAAGAGCUAGAAGUUACACUCAUGGCCUAGAGCUGGUACUGAUAGGAAUGGAAAUUUCACCGCCAGAGUCUGAGAAAAAAGCAGGUGGGGAAUCUAGCCAUGAUAGAUCUGUGGGGCCAGCAGUCUCUAGGAUUACCAGGAAUUGGUUUGGAAUGAAGCUCAGUCAAGCUGUUGAAUUUGAUGCAAAGACUGCAGAUAUCUUCAUGGUAACUUCCGAGAAAUUCUACGAACUGGAGAAUCAUUGGAAAACUCUCUACUCGGAAACUACAGGUGAUGCACAGAAGAAGCAUUUGAUUGUUUUAACAAGCUUUGAACAAUCAGAAAGAAGAACGUUAUUCGAGAAUCACCAAAAUAUUCAUUUCCUCAGCAAUCCAAUCGGCCCUAAAAAGCUCGCAGAUUGUUUUCUCUCUAUAUUCGAAAGGUCUCAUAAUUCCUUCCUCGCAAUGCCUCCUAAUGCACGACGAAUCACUUCUCCUUCUUUUCAUACGGGUAUUACUAAACCAGAUUACAAUCGUUCCCUAUCCGAAAUUCUCUCAUCCACCAAGCCGAUCGCACUCCUCGUCGAAGACAAUACCAUCAAUAUGAAAAUUCUCAUUGCGUGUAUGAAGAAAUUAUCUGUGCAAUACUACUGCGCGGUAAAUGGUCUGCAUGCAGUAACCACCUACCAAAACGCGAGAGUCAAACCGGAUAUUAUCUUUAUGGAUAUAAGUAUGCCGAUCAUGAAUGGGUUUGAGGCAUCUCGAAAGAUUAGAGGGUUAGAGAAGAAAGAGGGUUGGAAAGCAAGUGUUAUUGUGGCGGUAACUGGGUUGGCUAGCGAUGAGAGUCAAAGGGAGGCGUAUAGCAGCGGGAUUAAUCUUUUCUUGAGUAAACCUGUACCUCUGAAGGAGUUGGGAAAAAUUGUGUUGGAGAUGGAGAAGGAAAACGAGAGGAGAGCAAGUGGGUAG